CGAAAUAGGCAGGGUGGUAUCUACCCAUGCGGACUAACAAGACGUCCUACCACCAGUAAUUACUCAAAUUAUAAUUUUGUGGGUUUGAUUUUUAUUAGACGAAUUUAUUCCUUUACCGUGGAGGUCAAUCGUGAACAAUUGUCAAGUACAUAUUUAAUUACAAAAAAUGUUAUCUGCCUGCGGGAUUGGUAGACCUGUGCAUCGCUUGAUACGAUUGCACCAGACGUCUUAUCCUUUAGGACACGAUGACUUCAAAACUAAAUUUCAUUUCUUUUGUGUCUUUAUUAGACAUAAGGCCAGACGGCCAUAUUAAAAUAAGGAAGAAAUGUCUUCGCAUGUUACACCGUCACUCACAUUCGCACGAAUACGCAAACCCGCAAGUGUAGGACGACAUUUGCAAAUGAUUAUGCAAAGUUUUCGCUGCAUUCGUGGUUUUCCAAGCUGUGUCGGUUUUUUAACAGACAUCAAAGCGCGCGAACCGCUAUCCUUUGCGUAGUCUCCCACACAUUCAUGUGACCAGUUGCGCCCAGGAUUGCGAAGGCAACGGACGUUUCGCUAUUUUCAUAGAUCGUGACGUCUACUGUUUAGCGUAUCUUCAUCAAAAGAAAUGCCAUAAAAACAGCAUGGCUAUUAAUGAUGUCUGGGAAAGAAUUCAAAACUCUUUAUCUCUUCAAUGUUUUAUUGACGAAUUAAAAAGGAGGAGAAAUUCGUGAGACAUUCGUAAACAAGUAUAGGAGGAAGCGCAAACGGGUUCGCAAAUUGCGUACCGAACCCAUUUUCACAGCCGCUAAGUUUACGAAUGAAUGUUUGACGGCCCUUCAAACAAAACAUUCGUACAAUGUACGAAUAUUUGCGCGCAUGUGAGUGGCCGGAAUUACAACCAUGUUACAACACUACGUAUCCCGUUGCUAAAGUUAUUUUUUAAGGGAUUGUAUGACCUGGUAACUAAUGCCCGUAUCUUUAGACGUUUCGUAAAAUAGUCCUCCACUCUUAACUCAUCCGAACUGUCAGCGAACUGUCAAGUCAAGGUACGUCGCGACGUACCUUGAACGUUCCUCAAAACAGCGUUUAUUACAAGAUGACUUCUGAGAGCAGUUUUGAAGAAUUUAUUAACUAUAUUUUUGAUAGCAGAGUGUAUAAUUAUCCGUCGCGAAGGUAUUUGAGAGAUGCAGAUAACCCGUUGGAAGUUUACGAUGACGACGAAUUCCGAAAACGUUACCGGCUUACCAAAGAUUCGGUUGUGCAUAUUUUGCUGCCUUUGUUGACUAACAACAUUAAUGAAAACGAUCGUGGACUACCUUUAACGCCGAUAUUACAAGUGCUAAUUGCUUUGAGAUUUUACGCAAAUUUUCAGAUUGUUUGUGGCGACUUGCACAAAAUUUCUCAAUCCGUAGUAUCAAAAACGGUAGCAAACAUUUCUAAGAGAUUGGCUUUGAAAUCCAGGCAAUUUAUUAAAUUCCCUGCAUUAAAUGAAAGGGUUGAAACUAAAAGAAAAUUCUACCGAAUUGCAGGGUUUCCAGGUGUAAUUGGAUGUAUUGAUUGCACACACAUUCCAAUAAAAAAUCCAUCCAGAGCAAGGGGAGAAAUCUUUCGUAAUAGAAAAGGCUGGUUUUCUAUCAAUGUCCAAAUAAUAUGUGGACCGCAAAUGGAAAUAUACGACAUUGUUGUGCGAUGGCCUGGAUCUGUGCAUGAUUCGCGCAUAUUUAACAACAGCAGAUUGAGAUUUGAAGAAGGCGAUUUAGAUGGCAUUCUUGUCGGAGACAGUGGUUAUGCGCAGACUGGCUUUAUGUACACUCCUGUACUCAAUCCUCAAACAGACCCAGAACACAGAUACAAUCGAGCAUGUGUAAAUGGUGUAUUAAAGAGACGCUUUGCUUGUUUGUGUAGAAAAUUACAAUACAGUACACCAAAUACAUGUAAUAUUAUAGUCUCUUGUGCUGCCCUACACAACAUUUGUUUAAUGACCAAUGAACCUGAGCUGAACCCUGAAAUUGAGCUAGAAAAUGUCCCAGUACCUAAUACUCAGGACUCUUCUAGAGGGAGUAUUAUAAGAUCGGCUUUUAUUUCUAGGCAUUUCAGUUAAAAAUUCUCAUAUGGGUAUCAUCAACCUACAGCAGUCCACUGCUGGACAUAGGCCUCUCCAAUUGCUCGCCACUGAGCACAAUCCUCGGCUUCCCUCAUCCAGCUCUUGCCAGCCACCCUGCACAGAUCAUCACUCCACCACUUCACAGUUUCGACUCAAGAACAUGUUUACCCUAACAGUUAUCAGUUGUCCGGCUAAUAUGGGUAUAUAAGUUGGAACCGAGCAGUGAGCACCGUUAUUGUAAUGCAGAUAGUAUUAUUUAUUUUGAAGAUGAAUGAUUAAAUUGAUUUUGUUAAUUUUGAUAAAUUUUUUACUAAAAAAGUAAAUAGUACGAGGUUAGACUUUUGAAACUCCUUAUUUUAUUUAUCUACAUAAGAGUCAUAUUUUGCUUACUAUCUAAUAAAUAAAGUCAAUGUGA